AUCCCUUUUAAGCACGACCAAAGAGAACGGAGAGAAGCAGCGAUUAGUAAUCACCCGUGUUUUUUGUGUACCGUUUCUUUUCCUGAAAUGUGCUGUUAGAGCACUGAAAAUAAUAUCGAACACAUAAUUUUAGUGUAGUUAAAGAUGUCUACUCCUGCUAGACGGCGACUCAUGCGAGAUUUUAAGCGGCUCCAGGAGGAUCCCCCAGCCGGUGUUAGUGGAGCUCCAUCUGAAAACAACAUAAUGGUUUGGAAUGCAGUUAUAUUCGGCCCAGAAGGAACACCUUUUGAAGAUGGUACUUUCAAGCUUACAGUUGAGUUCACAGAAGAAUAUCCAAACAAGCCCCCCACUGUGCGGUUUGUCUCAAAGAUGUUUCAUCCAAAUGUGUAUGCUGAUGGCAGUAUCUGCUUAGAUAUUCUCCAGAACCGGUGGAGUCCAACUUAUGAUGUUUCUUCUAUUCUAACAUCAAUACAGUCCCUUCUAGAUGAGCCAAAUCCCAACAGCCCAGCAAACAGCCAGGCAGCACAGCUGUAUCAAGAAAACAAACGAGAAUAUGAGAAACGGGUGUCAGCAGUUGUAGAGCAGAGCUGGAGGGACAGUUGAUUACAUUCACAAACAUUUUGUUUUUCUUUUCUUUGGCUCUGUUGUUGGAGGAUAGUUUUUAAAAUCUCCAUUUUAAGUUUUUAUGCACUUUACUCAAGCAAGAUUGUAAUUUUUGUUUUUAUUUCUCUUUUUUUGCCUGGAGUGCUUUUCAACCCUCCAAAUUAAGAUCACUGAUUCUGGAAAGGGGAAAAAACCCCUCGUAUUGUCAUUCUAUCAUGCUUGACUAAUUUUGCAUCUGGCAUGAACAUGCAGUUAUUGUCGGUUUUUGCGAAGUGUCUUAUUAUCGCUUAAAAACAUUGACGAGUCAGUCGUGGCACUCUAAUAUAAAUAUAAAAGUCUCACUAAGAAACUUCAAAGUCAAAGUGGUGUUAUUCUGAUGAAAAUGUACUCUGUGCUUCAUUGACAAUUUUAAUAUCAUGGUUUCACUCAAAGGCAGUUAAAAGUGCCCUUUUAAGUUCUUGAAUUUCAGUCUUUUUGGAUCAGUGUUCAUGACAGUGGUUUAGUCACAACUCUCAUUGGUUCUGUCAAAGGAAAGAUGGCAUGCUACCACACGAGUGGUAAUGAGCUACAGUACUGCAUAUAACAUGUUAGUAGACAGACAUGAUGGUUUAUAUAAAUAAACAAGUUAUGUUUAAAGAAAAUGUCAAUAUUUAGGAGAGUAUAAAAUAUAUUUACUGGUUAAAAAAACUGAAGAAUGAUUAGCUGGAACUACUCAAAAGUGCAAAAAUAUCCUCCAGAUACUAGUAAUUUUAGUCACUUAACAUGCACCUUUUUCAUGGCUUGCAUCACAGAGUCCAAAUCAAAAUAUCUUCAUGUCUUUUUCCAAGCCCAUAUCUUUGCAGAUGUACAUGCAUGAAUGCCUGAGUGUGCCCUUGCAUUUAGAAAUUUGUGUACAGAUUUUGCACUGGUUGGCAAUCUCAUUUUCCAGCACUUGUAAAUACUUAAAUAAAAGGUAAAACUACA